GUCACGCUGAAUCCGAGGUCAGAAAGCAAAGAAGCAUGGCCGCUGUUUUAAGGGGGUCUCGGAACCUAUGGGGAAGGAGCCUCAAACAUGUUGACUUUACUUUGGGUAAGGAGUUAAAAAAUUAUAAAAAAUAUAUAAUAUCUACCAUCAAUGUUGAGGACCUGUUUGAUGGCAAUUCCCUUAUGACACGAAAGGCACCGCUGCGUGCAAAUCAACGUUGAAUAAAAGUUGAUUAGCAUUGGCUAUUGUGGCUCGCUCACUUCUGCUAACUAGCUAGUUAGUUUGCUAAAAUAGCUAGUUAGCUAAAGUCAUGGGACGUUGGUUGAUCGAAACAUUUGUUUUAUUGUUUAUCAGGACAACCGAUAGCCACCACCAGCAAAUGUUCUAAUCAGAGGUGUGUAUCUCGCACAAGUAACAAGUUGAGGGUCAAGUCAAAGCCCACAGCUCUUGUCAGCAAUUCAGUAAUUGCCAAGCGAGUUCUGUAUUGAAUAGGGUGUUUGUUUGCACAAAUGGGUGUAUGCACUCACUAACUGUAAGUCGCUCUGGAUAAGAGCAUCUGCUAAAUGACUAAGUGGCCAGGACAGAUCAUUGAGAUGUAGCCCAACUAUAGCUAGUCUGUUCUGCUGCAUGUUUGAUUUACAUCUCUUCUCAUACCAGUGCUGUGCCCCUACUGUCCUCACUGGUAGGUCAACUCUUACCAUGACAACCCCACCUACUGUCCUCACUGGUAGUUCAACUCUUACCAUGACAACCCCACCUACUGUCCUCACUGGUAGUUCAACUCUUACCAUGAUAACCCCACCUACUGUCCUCACUGGUAGUUCAACUCUUACCAUGAUAACCCCACCUACUGUCCUCACUGGUAGUUCAACUCUUACCAUGAUAACCCCACCUACUGUCCUCACUGGUAGUUCAACUCUUACCAUGACAACCCCACCUACUGUCCUCACUGGUAGUUCAACUCUUACCAUGACAACCCCACCUACUGUCCUCACUGGUAGUUCAACUCUUACCAUGAUAACCCCACCUACUGUCCUCACUGGUAGUUCAACUCUUACCAUGACAACCCCACCUACUGUCCUCACUGGUAGUUCAACUCUUACCAUGACAACCCCACCUACUGUCCUCACUGGUAGUUCAACUCUUACCAUGAUAACCCCACCUACUGUCCUCACUGGUAGUUCAACUCUUACCAUGAUAACCCCACCUACUGUCCUCACUGGUAGUUCAACUCUUACCAUGACAACCCCACCUACUGUCCUCACUGGUAGUUCAACUCUUACCAUGAUAACCCCACCUACUGUCCUCACUGACCAUGUGGUCCUCUGUAGCUCAGCUGGUAGAGUACGGCGCUAGUAACGCCAAGGUAGUGGGUUCGAUCCCCGGGACCACCCAUACACAAAAAAAAAAAAUGUAUGCACGCAUGACUGUAAGUCGCUUUGGAUAAAAGCGUCUGCUAAAUGGCAUAUUAUUAUUAUUAUUAUUAUUAUUAUAACCCCACCUACUGUCCUCACUGGUAGUUCAACUCUUACCAUGAUAACCCCACCUACUGUCCUCACUGGUAGUUCAACUCUUACCAUGAUAACCCCACCUACUGUCCUCACUGGUAGUUCAACUCUUACCAUGGUAACCCCACCUACUGUCCUCACUGGUAGUUCAACUCUUACCAUGAUAACCCCACCUACUGUCCUCACUGGUGGUUCAACUCUUACCAUGGUAACCCCACCUACUGUCCUCACUGGUAGUUCAACUCUUACCAUGAUAACCCCACCUACUGUCCUCACUGGUAGUUCAACUCUUACCAUGGUAACCCCACCUACUGUCCUCACUGGUAGUUCAACUCUUACCAUGAUAACCCCACCUACUCUCCUCACUGGUAGUUCAACUCUUACCAUGAUAACCCCACCUACUGUCCUCACUGGUAGUUCAACUCUUACCAUGAUAACCCCACCUACUGUCCUCACUGGUAGUUCAACUCUUACCAUGAUAACCCCACCUACUGUCCUCACUGGUAGUUCAACUCUUACCAUGGUAACCCCACCUACUGUCCUCACUGGUAGUUCAACUCUUACCAUGAUAACCCCACCUACUGUCCUCACUGGUAGUUCAACUCUUACCAUGAUAACCCCACCUACUGUCCUCACUGGUAGUUCAACUCUUACCAUGAUAACCCCACCUACUGUCCUCACUGGUAGUUCAACUCUUACCAUGAUAACCCCACCUACUGUCCUCACUGGUAGUUCAACUCUUACCAUGAUAACCCCACCUACUGUCCUCACUGGUAGUUCAACUCUUACCAUGAUAACCCCACCUACUGUCCUCACUGGUAGUUCAACUCUUACCAUGGUAACCCCACCUACUGUCCUCACUGGUAGUUCAACUCUUACCAUGAUAACCCCACCUACUGUCCUCACUGGUAGUUCAACUCUUACCAUGGUAACCCCACCUACUGUCCUCACUGGUAGUUCAACUCUUACCAUGAUAACCCCACCUACUGUCCUCACUGGUAGUUCAACUCUUACCAUGAUAACCCCACCUACUGUCCUCACUGGUAGUUCAACUCUUACCAUGAUAACCCCACCUACUGUCCUCACUGGUAGUUCAACUCUUACCAUGAUAACCCCACCUACUGUCCUCACUGGUAGUUCAACUCUUACCAUGAUAAGCCCACCUACUGUCCUCACUGGUAGUUAAACUCUUACCAUGAUAACCCCACCUACUGUCCUCACGGUAGUUCAACUCUUACCAUGAUAACCCCACCUACUGUCCUCACUGGUGGUUCAACUGUUACCAAAACCCAACCUUGUGAAAAACGUGACCUAGCUCUCAAACUCUAGGUGGCAUUCUGCCUUCUCCCUACAGUUUUCUGCGGUUAGCUUCGCCCACGACUGGCUCAUGUCAACUACAAUCCUGACGCUGUGUUUUAACUUUUAGAAACGUCAAUAAUUAUAGCUUGGAAAACAAUAAUGGCGGCUUUCGAAACACGGUCCUUACAUCAGCGACAAAGAUUCCUUCAUAUAAAAGAUGCACUUACUGUAGCAAUUGUGCACAGAUACCCUUACACUCAGGUGUUCGGAGCAUGCUAGAUAGCUAAUCAGCACAGGUCUGUUUUCUGUUAAAAAAGAACUGUAACAUGUAGAUACGUCCAUGUGGCAAGACCAACCCUAACCCUAUAAAGGUGUGGAUCAUUUUUUUAUUAUUAUUAUUUCUCGCUGAUAUGAAAGGGCCUUUCAAUAAUAAAUAAUAUAAUAAUAUGCCAUUUAGCAGAGAAAUAAAUGGCAUUCCUUAUGCUUCCAAAAACCGUACCGCAAGCGAUGUGUGUUAAUGUUCACACCGAGCAUCGGGGCGCUUAAUAAAACUGCCCCAUACAGAAGACGCCUUCUUCCUGUGACUCUUAUGUGUAAUGUAACGGAACUGAGCCAUGAUCGAGGGUUAGUGACCUUAAUUGCAAUGGCAGUAGGUCUAGCACACAACACCGGGGUUGCGUCCCAAUAACCUUCAUUGAAUUGACUGGCACUGGUACAUGGAAACAACCUCUAGCCCAUGCCUACACCAAUCCAAUGCCUUUACGUUUGUGGGAGGACACACUUCAGGAGGAAGUAGAGAUUAUUGAGACGCAGCCAAGGGGUCUUGUGUGCUGCACUUUCUGAGUGUGUGUGUGUGGUAGUUCCCUAAUGCCUCGUUCAAAUGCUAGUCGGAACUAGGAAACUCUGACAUUUCCGACUUGCUGAUUCGUUGAAAGUAGCACGUGUAUGGCUAAAAUCAGUUAGUGAGUCAGACAUUUCAGAGUUUCCAAGAUCCAACUAAUGCGUGAAUGCGGCGUUAGUCCAACAGUGGCAGGUCACGUGUGUCUUUCCACUGAAGCCACUAUGAAGAUUGAUUGGGAGAGCCAGCCAUGUGAGAGACCUGCAGCCUGGAUGCCUGCCACACCCCCCUCUGCUCACACACAUUUACACACCACAGUGUAUUUAUAAGAUGCCCUUUGGCCCAAUACAUCUCUACUUUCAUCCAAAACCUUCGUUCUAUCCUUCUGUUUUAUAGGAAAUAGUGAAUGAGUUCACUACUGGUUCACAGGUUUACUGCUUUGAUAUGGGAUUUGACAAAAUGAAUGUCUGGAAGCCAUGUAGAAAUGUCUGGCUACCUUUCCUUGGUCCUAAUUUGUUUUAUCCAGCUUGCCUCUGACAUUACCCACUGGAAUGUACAAUACAGGUCUUGGUUAACUAUUGAUAGGGCUGGGUUAUGUUUGGAUUUCAUUGAAACAGAAGUGCAAGGCCUAGAUUAGAAGUGGCCUUGAUGUUUCAAUGGACUAGGGAGCCUUUUGACAGCAUUUUGCAAGAGACUAUAGUUUUUCACAUUCCGGUCAUUUCUUUUUGUUAGUGAAGCCUACACAGAACAGCUGUGUUAGAGCUUUCUCAGCUUGGCUGAAAGGUUUACAAAAGACCUAGGGUAGUCUAGUCUCAUCAGUAGUAGUCUAGCCAUCUGUCAAUAACACCGCUCCUUACAAGUUGUUCCUGGGGUGUAUUAGGAACCAAACGGGCUGAAACUGGGAGGGACCUAGGCCUACCUGAACUUGUCCAAUAAGGAACAUUCGUUUUCAUUGGAACGUUUCGCUACGGAUUGCACCGGUUUGCACUAAUGAAUACACCCCUGUACCCCCCCAGUCUCCAGCAGGUCCAUGGCCUCUAAGACCCAGGUGGGUUUCAUCGGCCUGGGGAACAUGGGAAAACCAAUGGCCAAGAACCUGCUGAAGCACGGAUACCCCGUCAUCGCCACUGACGUCUUCCCUGAGUCCUGCAAAGAACUGCAAGAGUUGGGUGCCCAGGUGGGACAAAAAACUAUCUUUCUUGUUUUCUAAUGGCAGCGCAUUGAGCGCAAUGCACCGGAUGAUGGCAUACCAUAGCGCUCUGUUGUGAUGACAGCUGGAAGGUGCUAAAAAAACAUGAACAAAAUACCAUGACUGAAAACUAUAUUGUAGAUAGGUGGAACCACUUUAAUUAGUGUCCAAUCCAAACAAACUGAGUCCAUCAUAAGAUUUGCCUCUCGUCAUUGCCUAUCUACUUCUUACUCUAAUCCUAAUGGUUGUGCUUGCCUGGGGUGUAGCUUAUUCAUUAUGCACCACCAGACUAAAACAGGGAGGGACUACCUGAAUUUGUCCAAUAAGAAACACUCGUUUUUUGAAACAUUUUGCUACGGUGUGCCCUAAUGAGUAAAGCCCUGUUUUGUCAGAUCGUGGAUAACCCUGCGGAGGUGGCAGACCAGGCAGACCGCAUCGUUACCAUGCUGCCCUCCAGUCCCAACGUCAUCGAGGUUUACACUGGACCCAACGGUAUCCUCAAGUAAGAUCCCUUGCUCUCAAUUAGUCACUGGCUGUGUCCCAAAUGGCACCAUAUUUCCUGUUCCCUUUAUAGUGCACAACUUUUCACCAGAGCCCUAAUAAAAGCAGUCUCCAAGUCAAGUCACUUAGCCAUCUGUCUUUAACAGAAACCCUUCAGACUGUUGUUUAAACUAUAAGGUGGGUACUUUACUGUUCUACAGGAAGGUCAAGAAAGGCUCGCUACUCAUCGACUCCAGCACCAUCGACCCAGCCGUUUCCAAGGAGAUGGCCGUGGCCUCGGAGAAGAUGGGGGCUGUUUUUAUGGACGCGCCUGUGUCAGGAGGUAAGGACUAAUACUGUGUUCCAAAUGUCACUAAUCCCUAUAUAGUGCACUAGUGUUGGCCCGGGCCCAUUUGGGGGGUCUCUGCUGCAAUCUGAGAGGACCAGCCUUUCCACUCCUUAAUUGUUGAAAUGGACCAGAUUUAGGAGAUGGAGCUCUCUAGCGCAUUUGUGGGCCGCGAUGUGGAUUAUUUCAGAACCCAGCAUCUGGAGUUUGAUCCGAUGACCCUUCCACCCAAACGCUCCGUUCUCAGAUCCCAGCAACCUAAAAAUCUCCUGCACUCUCUCUCUUUAUUUGUGCCCCUCUUCUUCUGAAAACAUCUGGUUUUGAAAGUCUACUACCAGUUCAUCACUCUCUCAUAGCACAACUUUACAACAAUUACUAAUCUUUUUACUGCAAACCAUUUGACCAAGUUAUAUAAAGAGAAACAUUUCCAUCAUGAUCAUAUGUGUACUCAUGUCCGUUGCCACAUGUAUCUCUGUGAAUUACACUGGGAGGAAGACUGCAUUGUAUUGCUCCUGACAAAUCGGUGACUCUACCCAGGAAAGCAGACUCCCAUGUGGGCAUAGGUUCAGGUUAAAAUGGCCGACACUGGAUCAUUUCCUUUCAUGUCUGACAAAAUGGUGUAUCCAUCCAGUCUCUGCUUCUCAUGUAGAUGGUUGAGCCUGGGUCAUAAAGAGGAGGAGGAGUACCUUACCUAUGUGACUGCCUGGGUCAUAAAGAGGAGUACCUUACCUACCUGACAGCCUGGGUCAUAAAGAGGAGGAGGAGUACCUUACCUACCUGACAACAUGGGUCAUAAAGAGGAGUAAUACCUUACCUACUUGACAACAUGGGUCAUAAAGAGGAUGAGUACCUUACCUACUUGACAACAUGGGUCAUAAAGAGGAGGAGUACCUUACCUAUGUGACAGCCUUGGUCAUAAAGAGGAGAAGGAGGAUUACCUUACCUACUUGACUGCCUGGGUCAUAAAGAGGAGGAGUACCAUACCUACCUGACAGCCUGGGUCAUAAAGAGGAGGAGGAGGAGUACCUUACCUACUUGACAACAUGGGUUAUAAAGAGGAGUACCUUACCUUCCUGACAACCUGGGUCAUAAAGAGGAGGAGUACCUUACCUACUUGACAACAUGGGUUAUAAAGAGGAGGAGUACCUUACCUACUUGACAACAUGGGUUAUAAAUAGGAGGAGUACCUUACCUACUUGACAACAUGGGUUAUAAAGCGGAGGAGUACCUUACCUUCCUGACAACCUGGGUCAUAAAGAGGAGGAGUACCUUACCUACUUGACAACAUGGGUCAUAAAGAGGAGGAGUACCUUACCUACUUGACAACAUGGGUUAUAAAGAGGAGGAGUACCUUACCUUCCUGACAACCUGGGUCAUAAAGAGGAGGAGUACCUUACCUACUUGACAACAUGGGUUAUAAAGAGGAGGAGUACCUUACCUUCCUGACAACCUGGGUCAUAAAGAGGAGGAGUACCUUACCUACUUGACAACAUGGGUUAUAAAGAGGAGGAGUACCUUACCUUCCUGACAACCUGGGUCAUAAAGAGGAGGAGUACCUUACCUACUUGACAACAUGGGUCAUAAAGAGCAGUAGGAGUACCUUACAGGACCUGGUCAAAAGUAGUGCACUAAAUAGUGAAUAGGCUGCCGUUUGGGAUGCAGCCACUGUGUGGGGGGUAGGGAAGAUGAGGACGAGCCGUACUGGCCUUCAGAAAGGCUCCAAGCCGUAAAACACACUAUCACAGUCUUGGGAACACACACACACACUGUCGCAUACGCUACACACACUGUUUGUUUGAACUCAGCCUUUUAACUUGAGGAAAGGCACUUUCUUUGAGUUGAUGUUGGCCUAUUUUACGAUCAGGCCCUAAAGAUUAGUAAUGAUUUAUAUGCGUCCUUCCUGCGGCAGUGCUCAUGGAUUAAGGCUGUCCAGCUUCCCACAUUGAACUUGGGUGGCUGCAGGUCACAGUGGUGUGUGUGUGUGGUUAGAGUCAAGUAUUGCAGCAUGUUACUACCUUGAUUCUGUGCUGGAAUGCCAGGGGUUGAACAUGUUAUCAGUGGUCAGAAAACACAAACCACUUGAGGACUGUGUGUGUGUGUGUGUGUGUGUGUGUGUAGGACAACACGUGGUGCAUGGCAGUAAUAGAGCACAGAGGAAUGAGAGGAGACUGGUGUCAUUGUUACCCAGGAGAUGGUACUGUAACCAAGGAGACCACACACACACACACACACACACACACACACAAAACCCAGGAGCACACAUCAUGUUUAACUUCCAACUCUGCUUGUUCUGAAUCCAGCAAGGAGCUUUGCUGUAGCCCAAUUCAGACCAAUCCAGAGUACCUUCUCCAACCCAGACUUACUUACAUAGUGCUAUUUUAUUGUGAGAGAGGGUGUAUAUAAUCAGGAUGUUCCCUGUGCUUUGAGAGACUGUAAAAAAACAAAAACAUUGUCCCUCUGGUUCUCUGUCUUUCAUGUGUUGCCUCUUCCACCCAGAGCCCACAUUGCGUCAGAGAGGUUUGGCAGCAGACACACUGUUGGAAGGAAUGCCUUGUUUUCUGGAGCAAUAAUAGGAAAUCCACAACUUGGGUUGCGUCCCCAAAUGGUACCCUGUUCCCUAUAUAGUGCACUACUUUUGACCAGAGCCCACAGGGCCCUAGUUAAAUGUAGUUCACAAUAUAGGGAACAGGGUGCUAUUUGGGACGCUCCCCUGCGCUGUCAGCGGUAGUCAUCUUACAAUAACCUAGUCCCAAAUCCAGUCAUUGCGAAUUGUUUUCUUAUACAUUUUCAUUUCAAUGAAUGGACUUGUAUGUAAAACCUUGGGAAAUGUUCAUCAUGAAAGGCUACUGUAGUGACUGGAAUGAAAACGUUUGACCACAGAACUCACGUAGCCACCAACAAACACAUUCACUUUCACUGUAACACACGUCCUUAGAGAGACUCAGUAAUUGGUGUGUGUGUGUUGGUUCCUAGGCUGUGUGAGAUGGCAGAGCUGGAAUCGUCACACACACACACACACACACACACUUCUCAUUAGUAUGGCAGAGAGACAGAGAGCCUGUAACUUUGGCAACAGAAAUGAAAGGGUUGUCUUUUUAUGUACGCACUUUGACGAUUUGCGUAGCUUGUUCAAGUUUUUAAUGCGUUUGAGAAAAUCUCCCCCAUUUUUAAAAAAUGGUUACCCCACCACAUUUGGCAUGGGAUUUGAGACAUCUCUUUCUCUCUGUGCUCUGACAGCUUUUUGCUUCCACUUCAUUUAGUCUAAAUAUGUUCAGCUACCUUUCACCACAACCUCACUUUUCCUUUCAGUUGAUUUUAUGUGAAAUUACUUUCUCACCCAAACUUGGUGAGCGAAGGGUGGGUGUUGGGACAAGGGAACAAACCACUGUUUAGGAAAGUGCUUUGUAGUUUUGCAUCCAUCUUUCCGUGAUUAACUCAUAACAGUUUUGAGGAGCUGAGAAGCGACAGCAGUGACUGACAGACAUACUGUUCUAAUGAAACCAUCAUGCGUGUUUUAUAUGCUACAAGCACGGCCCAUCCCAAGGCCUGUGCGUGCGCCUGUCUGGUGUGUGUGUGUGUGUGUACAACGUUUCCACUUCACCAAAGUCUUCAUCAGGUAUUCUCAAGUUUAGGAUGUGCAUAUCACCCUCCUUUUCUCCAGGUGUGGGGGCUGCCAGCUCGGGGAAGCUAACCUUCAUGGUGGGGGGUGUAGAGACGGAGUUUACAGCAGCCCAGGAGCUGCUCACCUGUAUGGGAGCCAACGUGGUGUACUGUGGGGCCGUCGGCACUGGACAGGUAGGCAUUAACAUUUACAAGAGUUACGUCUCAAAUGGUACCCUAUUCCCUAUAUGGUGCACUACUUUUGACCAGAGGUCCUGGUCAAAGGUAAAACACUUUAGGGAAUAGGGUACCAUUUGAGACGCACACAAUACAUUCAUACUAGGGGCAUUAUGGGUGGAUUAUUACAAAACGACGUGUGACUGCGUAGGAUGUAACCAAGGGUCUGUUUCUUACAGGCUGCCAAAAUCUGCAACAAUAUGCUGCUGGCGAUAGGCAUGAUCGGAACCUCUGAGACCAUGAACCUUGGCAUCAGGUUGAGUAUUGCCAAUACAAUCUCUGCUGUAAAUGUAUCUCCGACAAAAUAUGUUGUGUUGCACUUAACGCUUGUUGAACAGAACCAUGCCGUGAGAAUCGUACAUAUCUGUAACACUACACUCUUAAAGUAACUAUCCACUGGAAAAGCGCCUUUUUAAAAACACAUACUCUAUCAACUGAUGUCUACAUGUUGUCAAUGACUCGUCCUUUACUUGUAGUUGUGGUUAAACCAGCAAUCAGAGAAAUGACACACGGUAAACAGUAACCCACGUUAAACUUGUAACCGAAACUAAUGGUAAAAAAAAUGCUUGUGAUUUCCUGAAUCUGUCCGUCUGGCCCCUGACAGACUAGGGCUUGACCCUAAGCUACUGGCUAAGAUCCUGAACAUGAGUUCAGGCCGCUGCUGGUCCAGUGACACCUACAACCCUGUACCUGGUGUCAUGGAGGGAGUCCCCUCUGGAAACAACUACCAGGGAGGAUUUGGGACCCAACUCAUGGCCAAGGUGGGGCUCUCCCUCACUCCUGUUUACUCCAUCUCUCUCCAUCUCUCUCUGUUUACUCCAUCUCUCUCUGUUUCUCUCUCUCUCUCCAUCUCUCUCUGUUUACUCCAUCUCUCUCUGUUUACUCCAUCUCUCUCCAUCUCUCUCUGUUUACUCCAUCUCUCUCCAUCUCUCUCUGUUUACUCCAUCUCUCUCUGUUUACUCCAUCUCUCUCCAUCUCUCUCUGUUUACUCCAUCUCUCUCCAUCUCUCUCUGUUUACUCCAUCUCUCUCCAUCUCUCUCUGUUUACUCCAUCUCUCUCCAUCUCUCUCUGUUUACUCCAUCUAUCUCCAUCUCUCUCUGUUUACUCCAUCUCUCUCUGUUUCUCUCUCUGUUUCUCCAUCUCUCUCUGUUUACUCCAUCUCUCUCCAUCUCUCUCUGUUUACUCCAUCUCUCUCCAUCUCUCUCUGUUUACUCCAUCUCUCUCUGUUUCUCUCUCUGUUUCUCUCUCUCCAUCUCUCUCUGUUUACUCCAUCUCUCUCCAUCUCUCUCUGUUUACUCCAUCUCUCUCUGUUUCUCUCUCUGUUUCUCUCUCUCUCUCCAUCUCUCUCUGUUUCUCUCUCUGUUUACUCCAUCUCUCUCCAUCUCUCUCUGUUUACUCCAUCUCUCUCCAUCUCUCUCUGUUUACUCCAUCUCUCUCCAUCUCUCUCUGUUUACUCCAUCUUUCUCCAUUGGAAGACGUUUAGUACACAAAUGUUUGUGAGUGACACAGCAGAUGAUUCUUCAGGGGCUCUUUAAUUUCCUGUGACUUUAUUUUAGUUAAUUUCUCUGUCAAUAAUAGUAUUAAUAACUUUACAUGUAAGUGAAAGAGAUGUGCCUUUGACAUGUUUAACUGUGCUGUGUACAACAAGCGGUGAUGGCAGAGCACUAAUGAGUGUUUCUCCUCUUAAGGACCUGGGGCUAGCUCAGGCCACAGCCACCAACACCAAGACCCCUGUCCCUCUGGGCUCCCUGGCCCACCAGAUCUACCGCAUGAUGUGUGCUCGGGGCUACGCCGGCAAAGACUUCUCCUCCGUCUUCCAGUUCCUGCAGGAGGAUGAGAAUAAGGAGGAAGGCCAAUAGGGGCAGGGGGAACACCACCCCACCUCUGCCCCAUCCAUAGCCUUACCAGGGUCUGUUCCAUACAAGACUACUACCAUGUAGUUGGGGUGCGUUGGUUUGCCCCCCUCUCCCCAGGACUUGUCAAGACGUGUGUAUUGGGUCAAAGCCAAGAGGAGCCGUGAUGUGACAGAUCAUCUUAAAGAGUACUAUACUACACUGUGUCUCUAAGAUGGGGGGUCAUGUUACCUGUGUGUGUGAUCCUGCGUUUUGUUAAAGUAGCACUCCUUUAAUGUUUUAGAUCGCUAGGCUAGAAGACAGUGGAUGUUUGAGGUGUGGGGAGGUUCUCCAAAGUCACUGUCGCUCAGUAGGCUGGCUAACCACUACCGCUAUCACCGUGACUAUAUCGGUGCUACCCUAACACACGUCGCCAUUGAAAGCCACCCAGGCGUUGUCAAGGAAAUGACCCAAGUUAGACUUGUUAACGACCACACUCACUCGUCAACAAUAGACGACUGAGACUUCAGAUGAUUCUUAGUUCUAGUCACCACUCACUCACUGCAACUUCACGUGUAUUGAUCCUGAUCAUUGAUUUGUUUGAGUUGUUUUUCACUUCCUGUUGUGGAGGGAUAGAAUGUUCCUGUCUUAUUUGUAUGUGUUUUAAUGUUUAAUAAAAGGUGAGAGAUUGUAGGAGUGUUUUUUUUCCAUCCAGUGAUAUGUCAAUCAUUGCUAGUGAUUAUUGGAUUGCUUUUUGACCCACUGCCCUAAACCCUCGCACAGCUGUACAGUCUGUUUUGAAGGAGGAGAUGUACUGUGUCUGUACUGUGUUUGCAGGAGGAGAUGUGCUGUGUCUGUACUGUGUUUGCAGGAGGAAGAUGAGGUGCCUGAUGAUGAGACUGCUCCAGAUGAUUAGAUCAUUCUUAUUUUAUUAAGCGCCUCGUUAGAGAGGGUAAGCGCACUUUAAAGUUUUGCAUCACUGUACAAAUAUGUAUUCUAGUAAAGGAAUG